AAAAAGAAGAUGAAGAAGAAAGAGAACGCUCAAAAGAAAAGAGUUUUCUCAUAUAAAGACGAUGAAGAAUUCCGAUGAAGUCGAAGGUCGAAAUACUUUCAAGUUUGGGAGAGAAGUACACGGCAGGAAGAACAAGAAUAAAAAUCAAAGGGAGAAGAAAAAGAUAACAGUUAAAGAGGACAGGCUAAGCAACUUGCCGGAUGAAGUGAUCCAUAGCAUCCUCUCUUUUGUGGACGCAACAACAGCUGUUCAAACCAGCGUUCUGAGCAAGCGUUGGAAGCAACUUUGGACUUCAGUUCCGGUCCUUAAUUUGCACGACGAUUACUUUGACGACCCUUUUGUUUUUCAAUGUUUUGUCGAGCAGUUCUUGGCUAACAGAGACGCUUCUGCCAAAGUACAGGGGCUCAGCUUCGCGUGCCAGGCCGAACUCAAUGAUGGUAACAUGGUAGAUUCCAUUAUUGACUAUGUUAUCCAGACACCCGUCUCCACAAACAUAAAGUUUAUCAGUAUCCUUGCGGAAUGCGUUAUACGAAAGUUACCUCAACUUUCUCUUUGUCAAUCUCUCACCACGCUCAAGCUUGUAGAUAUAGCCACUGAGACCACAACUUUUGACUUUGUUUCCCUUGAAAAGUUGUACCUUUGUGAUUGUCGAUUUGAAUGUGGGGAAGAGUUUCUUGAUCCUUUUAGGGGUUGUGCUAAUUUGAAGUGUUUGUUUAUGCAUGGCUGUCAAUAUUAUGGUGACAUUGAAGAGUUAAUAAUCUCUGCUCCUCAGCUCACUGAAUUGAGUAUAUCGAGUAUGAGGGUGGAUGAAGUGUUUGAUUCAGAUUGUGUCAUUGAGCUUUUCACGCCAAAGCUUCGAUCUUUUAGCUACAGUGACUCUGAUCUGUAUGAUUUUUCUCCCAUGGUGGACCUUUCCUUUGUGGAGAAAGUGGAUAUUGUUCUGGAGUGUUUGACUACAGAUGCUGAUUUGUGUUAUCAGUUGAUUGACUUGUUUGAAGCCAUGGGGAGUGCAAAGUUUGUGUCCUUGUCACCUGGUAUCAUUGAAGUGCUGUCUAUGUUUCCUGCUCUGCUGGAUGGCCGUUCUUCUCCUUUCACUGGAGUGCAGAGUUUUGAGUUAAACAUGGAUACACCUUCCUUCUUUGCCAUACCUACUAAUGUCAUGGCUUACUUAUUUGGCUGAUCUCCUGGAUUUGAUUGCUAUUGAUGGGGACUCACGGUGUAAAGAGUUGUGAAGAUGGUUUGGUCUUUUAAGGAGAAGACUAAUGGAAGCUCUAAUGAGAAAGUCGAUCAAAUAUAAGAUUCAUUUUUUGCUAAGAGGGAAUCGGCAGUACUUUGAUUUGAAAGCAGCAUCAUUACACUUUAGGGCAAAUUCGGUAGAUAGGACAUGAUAAAAGAUGAUAUGAUUUUCUCUUUGUUUGAUUAAACACGUGAAAUCGGGUGUAAACUCACAAGUUUACCUCAAUUUAUCCGAGUUCACUUAAGUUUACCCAACUUUACUUAAAAACAAGUUUAUAUAUGAUUUGAAACGCAUGAUUCCUGG